ACAACAUGGCGGGUGAUCGAAAAAGCGAGCAAGAACGUUUCGAAGAAGAAAUAGAUUUAGAGGUUACCUUCAAUGAGUUCGACGAUGAAUUUUCAGAGUAUAGUGAGAGAAAAUUAGACGAAACUGAGGAAAACGGCCGAAAAGACUCAAAACAAGGGGAAUAUCCAAACAACAUAUUUUUUAACGACGCUUGUAAUCUUCAAAAUGAAACUGUCAAAACACAUAGCGUUACAAAUGGAAACCACGCCGAAAAUGUGCUAAAUAUGGCAAGGUCAGAAGAAGGCGAAGUUUUUAGUUCGAGUGAAGACGAAGGUGGAGAGAAAAUGGAUUUUGAUGAGGAACUAGACAAUGACCUGAAAGCAGUCACUACGGCGAAUUUCACGUCUGGUGGAAGUAAAAUCCAAGGAACAAUUGAAACAACCACUUUUAAGUUUUUACCUCCUGAUUCAGGUGAAGGAGAGGGAAGUAAAAUAGAAACUGCAUCGCAAGAGUUAAUAAAAGAUACGGUUAGGAGUGUUGAUGUAACAGAGAGAGAAAUACUUUCAAUGGAAUCUGAUAAUUCAGUGGAUGAUCAGAGUUGGAAGAGACAUAAACGGGCCAGAUUGGAACUGGAAAGCCAAGAGAAUUCUGUGGAGAGGAAAAGAGAGGGAAAAAGGAGGUAAAAAGAAACGGAAAAGACCUGUUGGUAACCAUUAUGAUGGAGGACGGCAUCAUAGAAGUGAUACCCAGGAGGACCCAAAGUUAGGGAAUUUGUUUCAGCCCUUAAAAGUUACUGCAGAAGAUUCUGAAGAGGUUGUUGCUAAAGAAAUAGCAUGGAAACUAAAUGAAACAAAAACAAAUCUCAUUCAGCGAGUUGUCAGUUGCAUUGGUUGUGAAAAAGCACUCAAGCUGUUUAGAGACACAAAAGAGGUUCAACUGCAUGGAGGGAUGUGGACAAAGGACAAUCAGCGAAGGCGUACAAGUGGAGGGGUAUUUUUGGCGAUUCUUAAAGAUAGAUACGUCUCUAAAGAACAAAACAAGUGGAUUUUCGCGGUUGAAAACGAGAUCAAUAAAAAGAAAGCAAAAGAACAACAGCAAAGACUCAAAGAAGUUCAAAGGAAAGAUAUAGAGGACUUGAGAAUGAAGUUAAAACAAAAAGAUCAGGAGUAACUCUCGGUGUAAAGUCUUAUCUGAGAGAAAUGAGCGAGAAGCCGCCUAAAUUUUUGAAUAUGUGUACAGCCACUUCAAAUGAUUUGACGUACUGUGAGGACAUGUAAGAUGAUAGCAAAACGAUUAAAAAUGAGGUGAACUUAUUGUUGGCA